AUGCCUGCCACUCCCGGACGGCGCUCGUCCCGGGCGCAAGAGUUCGGUCUGCCGGGCGUAACCAGAGAAGAUUCGGAUGACGAACUAGGGACAGACGAUUUGCCAUGGGAAUGGAUUUACGAUCGGGAAGAGGAAGAAGGGGAGGCCGAGGUCAUACCAGCAAGCAGACCUGGAUCGAGGAAACGGAAACGAACAGCAUUGCCAGAACGCAAGAUUAUCGGCGCGCAGAUGGGGGACUUCGACUGUUAUGUGGGGGAUACGUUGCUUCUCAAGGCCGAAGGUUCUAAUGAAGCCUGGGUUGGGAUUGCCUCGGAGUUCUUGGAAGAUGAUGGCGAGAAGUCGGCGAAAUUUAUGUGGUUUUCGUCAGAGAAGGAGAUUCGCAAUGGCCCGAAGAAGAGGACGGACUUUGUUGAGAACGAGCUUUAUAUAACAGCGAGUUUCGACUUCAACGCCCUCACCACUAUCAACGGCAAGGCCACUGUCCUGUCCCAAGAGGCCUUUAUGAAACAGUACCCAACCGGAAAAGUCCCACGAAAAUCCAAAGAGUUCGGGAAAGUCUUCACCUGCCGCCGAGGUUGCAACACGCGAACGUGUACUUACACCGACGAGUUCAAAUGGGAAGACAUCUACAAGGGCAAGGAGGACCUCAAUGCUCUUCUCGACUUCGUCCAAAAGCGCACCAAAGCCACCCGGCGAAAACGCCAACCCAAAGCUGAAUCCCCCGAACGAGAAUACGGCUCCGACAACGACGAUGCCGACGCCGAACCCGCCGCCAAAGUCCCUCGCACGCCCCGGAAGCUGAAAGUUCGCAGCAACGCCGCCACCCCAACCAGCCGACGCAAAGGCACCAAAGCCGCCCUUGCUGGAGGCGCCGCCGUAACACCCACCUCCCACCGCAAGAUCAUGAUCAAGAAGCACCUCGAAUUCACGCCACUGGCCACCCGCGUUCUCUCCCCCAUGCACAUCCAAAACUCGCCCUACCAGCUCGCUCGCACCCAACUGCACGUCGCCUCGGUCCCGACCUCCCUCCCCUGCCGCGAAGCCGAGUUCAGUCUCGUAUACUCGCACCUCGAAGCGGCCAUCACCGACGGCAGCGGCACCUGCAUCUACAUCUCCGGCACCCCCGGCACCGGCAAAACCGCCACUGUUCGCGAAGUCGUCUCGCACCUGGACGCGGCCGUGCGCGCCGACGAGCUAGAUGACUUCAUCUUUGUCGAAAUCAACGGGAUGAAGAUCACGGACCCGCACCAAUCCUACUCCCUGUUAUGGGAAGCCCUCAAAGGCCAACGCGUCAGCCCUUCCCAGGCCUUAGACCUUUUAGAGCGCGAAUUCAGCCACCCGUCCCCGCGCCGCGUGCCCUGCGUAGUGCUGAUGGACGAGCUGGACCAGCUUGUCACGAAAAACCAAGGUGUCAUGUACAACUUCUUCAACUGGCCCGGGCUAAGACACAGUCGGCUGAUUGUGCUAGCUGUGGCCAACACGAUGGAUUUGCCUGAGCGCACGCUUUCCAAUAAGAUCAGCAGUCGGUUGGGCCUGACGAGGAUCACGUUCCCGGGGUAUAACCACGAGCAGCUGAUGCGGAUCGUGCAGAGCCGGCUGGAGGGCGUGCCGGGGGAUAUUGUGGACGCGGACGCGGUACAGUUUGCGGCAAGAAAAGUGGCGGCGGUGAGCGGUGACGCGAGAAGGGCGCUGGAUAUUUGUCGACGGGCGGUGGAGUUGGCGGAGGCGGAUGCGAAGGAGGUUGCUGAAGCUGAGCCGCCAACACCAAGUAAGAAGGGAGCGGCGGAGGAUAGCAGUCCGAAGAAGAAGAAGAAGGGCUCGUCGGCGGGGAGAGUCACGAUUGAGACGGUAAGGAGGGCGAUCAAUGAGGCUACGAGUAAUCCGCUGCAGCAGUACCUGAGGGGUCUCCCCUUUGCGUCGAGGUUGUUGCUUACGGCGUUGCUGCUGCGUACCCAGCGGACGGGGUUGGCGGAGAGCACGUUUGGAGAUGUGCUGGAGGAGAUGCAGCGGAUGAUCAAGCUGGCGACCGGAGGCGAUAGUCGGCCGCUGAAUGCUUUGAUGACCACGGUUGGGGUAAGCGCGGCAGAUUAUGGGGAUGGCAUCAUGGGCGGCGCGAGAUCAAAACCUGACUCCAGGCAGAUGCGACCGGCCGGGCUGACCAUCGCCGCCGUCGACCUGACGGGAGCGGGUGUUAUCAACUUGGAGGCUCACAAGGCCGAGCGGCCGAGCAAGAUCAGGCUGGCUGUUGGGGAUGAGGAGGUCAGGUUGGCUUUCCGUGAUGACCCUGAAAUCAAAGCACUGGGUGUGCUUCUCUGA